AUCAUUAACUCCGUCAGGCCAGCACGAGGACUUACAAGACACGACGUCGUUUAAGAAACGCGAAAUCAUCGCCACUGUAAUCACACUCGUUGUUUACUUGAACGCUUGAACCCUCAGGCCAGCGAUCUUCUCCUUCCCCUUCUUCAUUCAUUCCAAUUCUCAACAAUUCACCGCUCCGAAAUGGGCAUAACCGCCUCCACCACCGCCGUCGCCACCCUCCUCCUCCUCCUCUUCUUCUUCAUUUCCCCUUCAGCCGCAGAGAUCAAAACCCUCACCAUAACCUCCGACACCCGCCCCAUGAUCCUCUUGGAGAAAUUCGGCUUCACCCACACCGGCCACGUGUCGAUCUCUGUCUCCUCCGUCUUCGUGGUGGCCUCAGGUGGGUCCCAACCCGAUCCCUCCCGAUUAGGGUUCUUUCUCCUGAGCGAAGAGUCCCUCCUGCAAGUCCUGAUCGAGAUCCAGCAAAACCCUAGCUUCUGCGUCCUCGACUCCCGCUACACCAUGCACCUCUUCACCUUCCGCGAACUCUCUCCUCCACCCUCCGCCUCCGCCAACCACACCUACCCCGUCACAAUCCCCAACGAAUACUCCCUCUUCUUCGCCAACUGCGCCCCCGAAACCUCCGUCUCCAUGCUCGUCCACACCGAGCUCUACAACCUCGACGCCGACUCCGAACACUCCCGCGAUUACCUCUCCGCCGGCCAGACCCAACUCCCCACUCUCUACUCUCUCUUCUCCUUCGCCUACUUCGCCUUCCUCGCCCUCUGGAUAUACAUCUGCUACUCCAACAAGCUCUCCCUCCACCGGAUCCACCUCCUCAUGGCGGCGCUCCUCCUUAUGAAGGCCCUCAACCUCCUCUCCGCCGCCGAGGACAAGCACUACGUCAAGGUCACCGGAACUCCCCAUGGCUGGGAUGUCCUCUUCUACAUCUUCCAGUUCUUCCGCGUCGUCCUCCUCUUCACCGUCAUCGUUCUCGUCGGCACCGGCUGGUCCUUCCUCAAACCCUUCCUCCAGGAGCGCGAAAAGAAGGUCCUCAUGAUCGUCAUCCCUUUACAAGUCCUCGCUAAUGUGGCUUCCGUCGUCAUCGGCGAAACGGGGCCCUUCAUCAAGGAUUGGGUUACUUGGAAUCAGGUUUUCUUGCUCGUCGACAUUAUUUGCUGCUGCGCCAUCAUUUUCCCUAUUGUCUGGUCCAUCAGAUCUCUCAGGGAAACCUCCAAGACCGAUGGGAAGGCCGCGAGAAACCUCGCCAAGUUGACCCUCUUCAGGCAAUUCUACAUUGUUGUCAUUGGGUACUUGUACUUCACCCGCAUUGUGGUCUUUGCUUUGAAGACCAUUGCCGCUUAUAAGUACCGGUGGGUGAGUAAUCUAGCUGAGGAGGCCGCCAGCCUCGCGUUUUAUGUCGUCAUGUUUUAUAUGUUUAGGCCUGUGGAGAGGAAUGAGUACUUUGUGCUCGAUGAGGAGGAAGAAGAGGCCGCGGAGAUCGCGCUCAGGGAUGAAGAAUUUGAGCUUUGAAAGAAUGAAAUAGUUUCGCUUUACCGAAUUUCAGGUCUGUGAUGUUUUCUUAUCAGUGCAAUAUGGUUUCAUUCGCGGAUGACUUGGAGAAUUGAUGUUUAGAGCAAGUGAAGCAUGCAAUUGAACAGAGUGCUGCCUGGAUCCAUUUUUCUUUUACUAAAAGAGUACCUUGAAGCAUAGCAAGGAUUGAUUGAUGAUGGGCAAGUGGGGGGUUAUGUAGUUAACUAUAUCUCCUAACUGUUUACAUGUUAAAUGUAUGUAUGUUUUAUUUGCUCCUGGUUUAUACUUGUUCAUUUUUGUGAAAGAUCUGCUAGAAAUGUUGUUGAUUUUAGCGUUUAAAAAAUAAACUGUGCAGAGUCAUAUAAAAUGGAUAGUUUAUGAAGAGUUCCCACUUGAAACCUCAA